AUGACGAACGAAGAGGGCCAGAGAUGGCCCGUGUGCGGGCACACGGUGGCCUUUCCAACUCAACCGUACGGCGUCCAGCUGUCGCUGAUGAGCACGAUGCUUCGGGCCCUCGAUAGUCAACAAAACGCCCUACUCAGCGCACCGACGGGGUGUGGGAAGACGCUGGCACUGCUGUCAGCGGCCCUGUCGUGGCAGGGUCAGGCUGCGAACGCGAAGAGCCGCUCGGUUGGGCCGGCAGAGGCAGGCGCGGGCGCUCCGAGCACCAGGAGGCAGAGGGUGUUCUAUGCAUCGCGCACGCAUGGGCAGGUGUCGCAGGUCGUGGCCGAGCUCAAGCGGCUGGAGCACACGCCGCGGAUGGCAGUGCUCGCCUCACGGGCGCAGUACUGCGUGCACCCCGACGUGAGGGAGUCGCCUUCGCGGGACGCGGACUGCGACCAGCUGUGCAAGCAGGACGCGUGCUCGUUUGCGCAGGGCAAGAAGGGCCUGAUCGAGCUCAUGACCGGCACGCUGCACGACGUGGAGGAGCUGGCGGGCGUGGGCGAGCUCACCGGCGGGUGCCCCUACUUCGCCGCGCGGUCCAUGGCGGAGGACGCGGAGGUGGUGCUGUGUCCGUACCAGUACCUGAUCGAUCCGCUGGUGCGGGGGGCGAUGAACGUGGACCUGGAGGGCGCGGUGGUGAUCGUGGACGAGGCGCACAACAUCGAGAACGCGUGCAUGGAGGCCGCCAGCGUCGAGGUGCCGCUGGAGGACCUCGACAACGCCGCCGUGCGCCUCGAGGAGGAGGCGUCGUUCGCCAACCCCUUCCUCUACCAGCCGCUCAGUGAAGCGUUCCGGAAGCUGCACGUCUGGGCCCAGCGUGUGUGGAGCACGCUGUCGAGGGACGGGACCCCGCACAUCACGUGGACGGGCCCCGAGUGCAUCGGCACGUUUGAGAAUCUGGGCAUCACGGCAGAUGCGACGGCACAGCUCCUGGGGCACAUUGAGCAAAUCAAGGAGAAGCUCCGGGAAGAGGCGGACGCCGCGCAAGAGGUCGGCAUGCACGGGCGGGGCCGCCGUGGCCGCCGCCCUUCGUCUCGGGCACGGGGCGCGGGCGGCUCGCAGGGCAAGGCUGAAGGGAUCAAGUCGGUGCUGCCGAUGUGCGAGCGCCUCCUCACCUGCCUCCAGAUGGCGUUCGACUCCCCCGAAGGAGAAAGCAACCUGCGGCACUUCACGUUCGCGAUCUUCGGGAAGAGUAGCGAGGAGUUCCGCGGGGCAGGCCGCCGAGGAUACCAGCGCUACGACAUUCCUUGUUUCGCGCUUUGGUGCAACUGGGGCGGCGUUGCGUUCCGGCAAGUGCACCAACCUGCUCACAGUGUGCUCCUGGCAUCUGGCACUCUGGCCCCGAUGGAGGGAUUCGAGACAGAGUUGGGGUGCAAGUUCCCACAUCGCAUCGACACACCUCACGUCGUGCCGCGCGACCAAGUCUACGCAUCGGUGAUUCCUGCGCACAAUGGACACGACAUCGUCGCCACGUACAAAAACGUCGGAACGGUCGCUUUCAAGGACGUCAUCGGCGACCUACUGAAACAAGUGGUUUCGUCGUGCAAGUCCGGCGGCGUGAUCGUGUUCGUCGCCUCCUACGGGAUGCUGGCGCAACUACGCGAGCGCUGGGCGGCGACGGGCUUGCUGGCCGACGUUGAGUCCCUGGCACCUUGCUUCAUGGAGCAGCGGGGCCAAAUGGACGAUGUCAUCGGCCUGUACAGGAAGCACGCCAACAGCAGCAGGGCGGUCCUCAUUGCCGUCGCGAGAGGAAAGGCAUCAGAAGGCAUCGAUUUCCGAGAUGCCGAGUGUCGGGUGUGCAUGUGCGUCGGUCUGCCCUUUCCGUCGAUCACGGACCCGAAGGUCAAGUCCAAGGUGGCCCACAACGACGCACAGGCGCCGCUGGGCCAGAAGGGCAGCUGGUACACGCACCAGGCUUUCCGAGCGAUGAACCAAGCAGCUGGCCGAUGCAUCCGGCACCGGAAGGACUACGGGGCUCUGAUUCUCGUCGAUUCGCGCUUUCAGAGGCCGCAAAAUGUGGCCAUGCUCCCGCGCUGGGUACAGAGCUGCUUGAAGCAGUCGUACUCGAGCAGCGAGGUGCUACCAGAGCUGGAGGACUUCCUCGCUACCGUCCCUUCACUUGUCGGCGCGGGGGAGACGACCGCCUGCUGCGGGCAGCGCCUGGCCAGCGGCGGUGAACCUGGGGCAGGUGGCCCCAAGCCGAACCAGCAGCUUGUCGGCAGGUCUAGGCCGGAGAUUCAGGCCGACGUCGACGUGCUGUGUUCGUACAUUUGCGAAGAACUCGAGUGGGAGGCGCAGCAUAUCACUGGGCAAUGA